AUGGGGACGGGGACGGGGGCGGGGGGCGGGGGCGGGGAGCGGGGAGCGGGGACUGGGGACGGGGACUGGGGACUGGGGACGGGGGACGGGGGACGGGGGACGGGGACGGGGAAGGGGACGGGGGCGGGGGCGGGGGCGGGGAGCGGGGAGCGGGAAGAGCGGGGAAGAGCUAAAACCGACGUAGUUUAUCGCGGUGCCGGAGUAGGAAGCGGAAGAGUUGGUGGAGGGGAAGAACCAAUAGCUAGAGUUCAUGGAAGGAGGGUAAGGGAGCUUAUUGACAAUGAUGAGGCGGAAAGUUAUUCUGCAGAAAUGGUCAGGAGGACAAGGAGUGAGGAAUGGAGAGAAGAAUGCCGCCUAGAAAAGAGGCCGAGACAAGAGGAGGAAGACGUGGAUCAUAAGUUGCAGAAGUUGAGACAGCAGCUUCUGGCCGAGCUAGGGGCAAAAGAGAACAGCAAACUUUCUUGCCCACCUCCUCGCCUUUCUCAGGGUGGAUCCAACAGGAGACUAUCACCAAGAAAUUCAUGA